AUGAACGUCAAUGGCAAUGCAUGCCAUGCCACGAUCGAGAAGGCUGGCGAUGACAAGAAGGUGCUCCUGUGCCUGCCCGGCGCGUUGGGCACGGGCGCGACCGACUUUGGCCCGCAGCUCGAAGCGUUCAAGAACGACUACUCGGUCGUGGCGUUCCACCCGGACAUGGCGCACAAUGCGUCCGAGGACUUUCUUGAAAAGCACGCGCACGACGCCGCCGCCUUCAUGAAGGGCCUUGGCUACGACAAGUACUCUGUCGUGGGCUGGAGCGACGGCGCGAACGCUGGCGUGAUUCUGGCUGCCGAGUACCCCGAGCACCUCGAGCGCCUCGUGCUCAUGGGCGGCAACGCUUUUAUCACGGACGAAGACAUCGACAUGUACGCUGCAGUGGCCGACGUCGCGUCGUGGGGCGCCACGCACCGCACCAAGCUCGCCGACGUCCACGGUAGCAUCGCCAAUUUGCAAGCGCGCUGGACCGAGUGGAUCCAGACCAUGACGCGCAUCAACGAGAACGGCGGCGACAUCUGCACGUCGUACCUGCCGGACGUCAAGUGCAAGACGCUCGUGCUCCAAGGCGAACUCGAUGCGCUCGUGCCGGAUUUUCAAGGCGAGUACAUGAGCGAGCGCAUUUUGCAUUCGCGGCUCCAAGUGCUUCCUGGCGCCAAGCACAACGUGCAUCUUGCUGCGCCGGACCUGGUCAACGCGAUCAUCAAGUCGUUCUUGCUCGAAGCCGACGACAGUGCGACCCACAGCCGCGAGUUUGCGGCCAUGCCGCCCAAGGACCCCAAGGCGAAGAAGGAAGCGGUGCCCGUGUACCACAGCGGACCGCGGUGUUAA